UAUAUCACCGAAUCGCUGGAAUGUCGCUUCACGGAAAUGACUCCUUCUGAUGAUAUGAGCCAGAAAAUCCUCAGAUUCAUACAUGUCACCGGUGGAAGUGACUGGAAAGUUAUGGGAAUUUUGGCGCUAGCUCCAAGAAAGGCUACAUUAAAUUUCGGCAGAUUCAGUAAUGAUGAAAAUCAAAUAUAUCUCUGGCAUGGAACGAGUGCUGUUAAUCUGUUGAGCAUUCUGAAAGAUGGAUUACUCGUAGACCCAGGACAUGCUGCCAUUACUAGUCGGCUAUUUGGAGAUGUGGCUCUUGGCAAAUGCUACAGAUUGGAUUCAUCGAAUUCCGACUGGGUUAAUGCUACGCCAAAGGGCUACGACUCGUUGCAUGUGCUUGGCCGAAAACACCCAGGAUCCUCCAUCACUGUAGACGGUUAG